CGGCGGGCGGCCUGGAUGGAGCCGGCCCCGCGCCGCCGCCCCGCCGGGCGGCCCGGCCGCCCGCGGCGGUGGCGCCGGCGGCUGCGCGGGCGGCGGUGGGCGCUGGCGGCCGGGCUGCUGGGCGCCGCCGCCGCCCUCGCCCUCUACGGCUGCCUGCCGGAGCCGGAGCCGGAGGCGGCGCCGGCGCCGGAGCCGGCGGCGCCGCGGGCCGCGGCGGGCGGGCGGGCGGGCGGCGAGGUGAACGUGCUGCUGUGGUGGGAGCCGUUCGGGCGCCCGCGGCGCAUGGCCGACUGCCGGCGGCGCUACAACAUCACGGGCUGCCGCCUCAGCGCCGACCGGAGCCGCUACGGCGAGGCGCAGGCCGUCCUCUUCCACCACCGCGACCUGGCGCUGCACGGCGCCCAGGGGCUGCCCCGCGGGCCCCCGCCGCGGCCGCCGCGGCAGCUCUGGGUGUGGAUGAACUUCGAGUCGCCCUCGCACUCGCCCGGCCUGCGGGGGCUGGCCGGCCUCUUCAACUGGACCAUGUCCUACCGGCGGGACUCGGACGUCUUCGUGCCCUACGGGCACCUCUACGCCCCGCCGGCGCCCCGGCCCUUCGUCCUGCCCCGCAAGACGCGGCUGGUGGCCUGGGUGGUCAGCAACUGGAACGAGGAGCACGCCCGGGUGCGCUACUACCGCCAGCUGAAGGAGCACCUGGCCGUCGACGUGUACGGGGCGCGGGGGCUGGCGCUGGCCAAGGGCGGCGUGGUGGAGACCGUCUCGGCCUACAAGUUCUACCUGGCCUUCGAGAACUCCCAGCACACCGACUACAUCACGGAGAAGCUCUGGAGAAACGCCUUCGCCGCCGGCGCCGUGCCUGUCGUCCUCGGGCCCCGCAGGGCCAACUACGAGCGCUUCAUCCCUCCCGACUCCUUCAUCCACGUCGACGACUUCCCCAGCCCCCGGCUGCUGGCCGCCUACCUGAAGUUCCUCGAUAAAAACAAACCCAGCUACAGGAGGUAUUUCGCCUGGAGGAAGAAGUACGAAGUCCACGUCACCUCGUUCUGGGACGAGCAUUUCUGCAAGGUUUGCGAGGCCGUGAGGGCAGCCGGCAACCAAAUCAAGACUGUACGAAAUCUGGCCGGCUGGUUUGAAAGCUGAUGUUCCUGGCGGGCGAGGCUCACCUGGCCAGCCUGUGCCGGCGGUGGACUGCGUCAAGGCGUAGGGAAGGAUGGGUCUCGCGGAGAUCGUUAGCCAAGGUAGUAUGCGGAAGGCUGUCAUCAGCGAGAGAAGCGUAUGGGUACGGGUGAACAAGCUGUGAGAAGCCUACGAAAAGGAAGAUUUUGUUAGAGUGCAGAAUUACGAAAGUACAAAGAAACAUCAGGCAAGAUGAUUCUUAAAGAGCGAAGUUAAAUUUCCAAAAGUCGUACAGAUCUGAAGCCGUUACAGUUGUGCACAGCUCGACAUAAAUAACCGAUGCCAAGUUCUUCAGCCAUACAGCUGAAACCAAUUUUGUCAGCUCUGACAGCUUCCUGGACCACGCAACUUUCUUCUGCUUACAGGGGAUACAUGAUCAGCGCUGGCUUUCUGUACUCUGAAGACAAAAGUGAAUAUUUUUAACAGUGAUUAUUAUGUGCCUGAAAGCCAUUUGCAGGCAAAUUCUGAGCCGCAAGUGUUGAACGUAAGAAUGUAAUGAUACAGUAACACUUUUUAGCAGUGUUUGAAAUUGCAGCAGCCAACUAAUAAUGCUUUGAGACACAUAAUAAUUCCAUUUAGGAGAAAGUGUACGGAGGGGUCUGGAUCCAAGUGGAACAAACAGCUCAGAUGAUGUAGAGUAUUUCUUCCGCUGCCUACCGAAACCAUAGGCACAUUUAUCCGGUAUGAAAGUGGAGAACUUUAAGUACAGGGAAAGACAGACUGUAGGAAAAAAGUGGGAACAUUUCCACUCUCCCUUUAGUCAGGAAUUAGAAAAUGUUUACAGGAAUCUGCAUGUUUUUCUCUGCAAAAUUACUGCCAUAUAGGAAAAAGCAGAGAAAGGGUCAGAACUACAGGGUUUUUAUUGCGAUAUUGAAUAUGUAUACAGAGAGGCUA